CGACGUCGUUUCAUGCUCGCUAUGCUGCCAUAUAAUGCAGAGCCGUGGCGAAUUUUACGAUAUAGAAACAGAGUUGCAGAAAUGGCAGUGGCAAAAGCAGCUUGCCUAAACCACAUCUCCAGAGAAUCCUCUGACGUUAGACGUCUUGCUAACUUCUACAGAGAGAUCUUUGGGUUCGAGGAGAUUGAGAGCCCUUAUUUCGGGGAGUUUAAGGUAAUCUGGCUGAAUCUUCCGGGAGCUUUUCCUAUGCACCUAAUCGAAAGGAACCCACUUACGAAGCUUCCAGAAGGACCCUAUAGUGCCGCGUCGGCUGUUGGUGACCCCAGCCAUCUCCCCAGAGGUCACCAUAUUUGCUUUACCGUUUCGAAUCUCGACUCUUUUGUUCAGUCUCUCAAGGAUAAAGGUAUAGAGACUUUUCAGAAGUCCCUACCAAAUGGAAAGGUCAGACAGGUCUUCUUCUUUGAUCCAGAUGGUAAUGGAUUGGAGGUUGCCAGUAGGGAAGCUCCAUAAUUAGCAGGGGAAACUUGGGAGUUUGCAUAUAGAUCCUCAGCAAAACAAUAAAAUGCAACUGAAUUUCUCUUGUUUGCUGUUGUAAGUGUAAUACUAUCUAUGAAGUAUAUGUGGAUGUUUUUGUGAAACCUUUACAUUCUUCCUCGUAAAAAGCAUCAGUUGGCAUUUGCACAAAACUGUACUCCCUCAAUCUUGUCCUCUGGCGGUUCAUUAAUACAUUGCGUGCCCUAAACUCAAAUUUCGUGUAGGAUUCAAUCUUUCACUGUGAAGAUGAAAAAAUAGUGAAUUGCUUGAAGGGAAA